GCUUUUUCUUUUAAUAAAUAUAUACCCAAUUGUUAUACUAAACUAUUGUCGAUGUUUUCGCCAAAUACACCAAGUAUUGUAUAAAUAAACAUUACAUUUCGAGAAACCAAACAUUUAUUUUCCCAUCCCCCUUUUUUUUAUAGGCGCUCAUUCUUUACAUUUGGAAGAAACAGACGAUGAAGAUCAUUUACCUCCAAAUGCUACAUCAGAAACCCAAAUGCUUUUGAGUGUUGAAGAUCAGAUUCCUCGCUAUCUUACAGCUUCUCCAUUACCUUCUGUCAGGUUACCUGAUAAGACUCCAAAAGGAUUCUGGGACACUCUAAAAGUACGAUCAAGAUACUAUUUGCCAAUCUUGCAGUGGCUUCCUCUAUACAAUCUACAGAUAUUUUGGGGAGACUGUCUGGCUGGAAUUACUUUAUCUUGUCUGCUAAUCCCACAAGGAUUGUCUUAUGCGACAGCAUUAUGUAAACUGGAGGCAGUUCAUGGCUUGUAUGGUAUUGCUUUUCCUGCAAUUGCGUAUGCCUUUUUCGGCAUGUCUAGACAAAUGUCAGUGGGACCUGAAUCAACUUUGGCGCUCUUGAUUGGGUCAUCUAUCGCACAACAAGAACACCUCAAGUCAAAUGAUUACACAAUUGAGCCUUUAGCUUGGGCAUGCCUCAUGACACUCUUUACGGGAAUCUUCACUUUACUCCUUGGUAUAUUUCGACUAGGCUUCUUAGAUAGUCUCAUGAGCCGUGCUCUUUUGCGUGGUUUUAUCAGUGGUGUUGCAUUAGUAGUCAUGGUGCAGCAAGCAAUCACAUUAUUAGGUCUUGUUGAACUCAGCAAAGCGUGGGGCAUUUCAGAAGCUUCGACAACAAUAGAGAGACUUUAUUUUCUCCUCAAGAACCUUGAUCAUGCACACAUAUUGUCGUCGAUUAUUUCCGUUAUAACUGUUUCCUUUUUAUUGUUUAUGCGCUCCUUAAAAUCCCGUUAUGGUUUGACAAAAAAAUGGCUUCAAUUAUUUCCAGACGUCUUGCUGGCUGUUGUAAUCUCUAUUUUACUCACAAAGCAUUUGGAUUGGGAGCACAAGGGCCUGGCUAUUUUGGGAGAGAUUGACAGUGCAGGCAUACUAUUGCCUUCGAUCCCUUCCUUUCCUCCUACCAAGCACAUGAAGGAUUUACUCGUCUCUUCUGCUAUGAUUGCUGUCAUUGGAUUCGUUGAGUCUAUUGUCAUUGCAAAGAUUUACUCUAGUAAACAUAAUUAUUCAGUAAGCGCCAACAGAGAACUAGUUGCUUUGGGUGUAGCAAACAUCUGCAGUGGGUUGUUUCAAGGUAUUCCUGCUUUUGGAUCUGUGUCUCGAAGUAAAAUCAAUGAUAAGGCUGGUGCUCGUACUCAAAUGGCGUGUCUAAUUACUGGCAUGAUAGCUAUCCUUGCUAUCCUGUUUUUACUGCCCUACUUUUACUAUUUACCAAAAGCAGUUUUAUCGUCUAUUAUUUUUGUUGCAGUACUUUCUCUCCUUUCAGAGCUCCCUGAAGAUCUACAUUUUAUUUUUAAAAUAGGAGCUUGGAAAGAUCUUGCCUUGCUACUUAUUACAUUCUUUGCUACUAUUAUCAUCUCUCUUGAAUUUGGCACUCUCUUGGCAGUUACCUUAUCGUUACUAAUGACGAUUCGAGAAACAAGUUAUCCCCGUAUCUCAAUUAUGGGACGAGUUAAAGGUUCAGUCAAUAAGUUCAAGCCUAUUCAGAACGACUCUUUGGAGAUCGAGCAUUUACAGGAUGUACUUAUUGUUCGCAUUGAGGAAGCAUUAUUUUUUGCUAACACAGGUCAAUUGAAAGACCGAUUGAGACGGUUGGAAAUGUUUGGUGAUAUGUCUAUUCAUCCUUCCGAGAGACCCCGAAGAAGUGAAUCGUUGUAUACAAUAUUUGAUGUUGGCAGUAUGCCUUCGAUUGAUGCAAGCGCUAUCCAAAUUUUCUAUGAGAUUGUAGAGGCUUACCAAAGUAGAUCAGUACAAGUCUAUUUUGUUAGGUUAAGGGAGCAACCCAUGGCCAUGUUUAAGAAAUCAGGUUUGCUGAAUCUGUUUGGUGAAAAUCAUUUGUUUAGAAAGGUAUCAGAGGCUAUAGAGUAUGUUGAACUUGACAUAUCAAAACGCGGUAUUUUACCUACUUGUUAAAUAAGGAAAUAAGCGGGAUUUAGAAUGACUCUUACAAUCUCCAUCUUGCAAUACAAUUUAAGCUACGUGUUUGGGCCUUUUUGUUCAAACAUGAUUGGGUUAUCAAUAAAAAAAAUCCAUCCAUCUUUUAAU